AUGCUUGCCUCCCGCCUCGCGUUCUCAGCCCGCCGCGCCGCUAGCACGCGCGCCAUCUCGACGGUGACGCUCCCUGAUCUGCCCUACGACUUUGGCGCCCUGGAGCCGUCCAUCUCGGGCCAGAUCAUGGAGAUCCACCACCAGAAGCACCACCAGACGUAUGUGAACAACUACAACGCCACGCUCGAGCAGUACGCCGAGGCUGAGAGCAAGGGUGACCACGCUAAGCUGCUGACUCUGCUGCCGGCACUCAAGUUUAACGGUGGUGGCCACGUGAACCACUCCAUCUUCUGGACCAACCUGGCCCCCAAGAACCAGGGCGGCGGCGGCGAACCCGAGGGCGAGCUGCGCAAGGCCAUCGACCAGGAGUUCGGCAGCUUCGAGAACUUCAAGAAGACUAUGGCCACCAAGUCGGCAGCUGUGCAGGGCUCCGGCUGGGGCUGGCUUGGCUACUCUCCCGAGACCAAGCGCGUGGGUGUUGUGACUUCGCCCAACCAGGACCCGUGCUCCACCACGGGCUAUGUGCCGCUGCUGGGCAUUGACGUGUGGGAGCACGCCUACUACUUGCAAUACAAGAACGUGCGUCCGGACUACCUCAAGGCCAUCUGGGAGGUUGUCAACUGGAAGAACGUCGAGGAGCGCUACCUCGUGGCCAAGAAGCACUGUUGGUUCGAAGGAGUGACAGACACUCUGCCUGUGGUUCCUGGACUUGUUGUCGAUGGUGUUGGGGGGAGUCCAGUUCCUCUAACCGGAGACAACGCUGAUAAACUAAUCACACAGGCAGCGAAAUCUCGGUUUGGCCACAACUUCGACACGAAGAUGGAUGAGGGUAACGGUUUGGUUACAGCUCGGUCCCGAUCCGAUGCAAAGUGUUCUGUAAAGAUGCUGAUUUUUGGAAAAGGUGGUCAUUUUCUCAAGCACCAGGACACCGAGAAGAAGACGGGGUCGUGGCGACGUUGGUGGUUCAACUGCCCAGCACUCAUAAAGGAGGUGCUUGGUAAUUUAUCGAGGAGAAUUCAUUACGCUGACGCUAAACAUGCUUUGGAGAAGGUGACGAAAGAAUAUCGACUUGUGCUCGGGUACUCGAUUUACUUACCGCCGCGCAUGCAGCAUAUGAAGAAUAAUACCGAUAAGCUUUUGAGUGAAGAAUUAGCUGAAACGAUGACGAAGGCAGUGGAGAAGGCGUUCGAGCACAUCAACACUGAAGCCGCGAUCAAAGUUCUCCACGAUAAGAAGCGACGUGAUGCUGAAUCGAUAAUUAUGAAGGACGUGAUUUAUUUCAAGAUGGUUCAGGAUGCCAUGACUCACGCCGCGAAAUACCAUGCGCAAUAA